AUUUAUAUGAUAUUCUCCCUUUGUUAUUGAAUUCUUAUCACUUAUUUAUUUAUUUUGGGGAGGUUGUUAAAAGGCCGUUGGGGGAAUGAUAUAGGUGUCAUAAAUUUGAUUUAUAAGGGCAAAAGUUUGUUAGUUAGAAUAAUAGUUUACCUUGGAGAGAUUUGUUUUUAUCUAAGUGUUUGGGGCCUUGGUUUUGUCAAAUAUAUCAUUGUUCAUACCUAUCCAAAUAGUUAGUUAAAAAGGCUUGCUUAGUAUUGUUGUUGACAAUAUUUAUAUUAAUUUAUAGUGAUAUAUAUAUAUAUAUAUAUAUGUAUAUUGAGUCUUGUAGCAGAUGAGGAAGAAUUUUAUGAAAGACUAUUGAAUUCAAGAUCAAUGUUCUUUCAUCCAUCUAAUCUGCAUCUUCCUCUUUAUUUGAUUCCUCACCCAUUUUUGAUUGGAUCACAAUACUUUCACCGACUUGCAUUAAAGAGAAGCAUGAAUUUUGAUACAGUUUUGUUUGUUUUCAGUCAAGAAGAGAGUUGAGUACAACUCACCUUUUUUCUUGUUACUCUUUCACUGUAAAUGAACAACACCCAACAGAUUGGUUUCCAAGAAAGAGUUCAACAAAACCAUGGCUUGGUCUAUGAUUAUAGCAGUUUAGAACACGCCAACCAAUCUUCCCAAUUUCCUGGUGGUUGUCAAAUGGGAAUUUGCAUUGAUUCAUCAUCAGCCAUGGAGGGAGGAGGAUCACAGCAACACAACUUUGGUUGUGGUGGGCAUGCUAAUUCAUCAAGUACCAUCAUGAGUCGUAUCGGUUCACCAUCUUCUGCUUUUUAUGCAACCGAGCGUUACAUGGGCUUUCCACAAUAUGAGUAUCAAUCUGGAAAUCCCAUUGUCCCCUCCCAACAACCCGAGAAUUAUGAUCUGCAAACUCCAUCAUAUCUAUCUGCAAGGGAUAGUUUUUAUUUCGAUACACCAGAGCAAGAUGACCCCAAUUUGCAGUCCAAACAUGCCCUGCAAUCUGAUGCGAAAUCCCACUUUUGUAGCAAUAAAAACUACAGUUCUGAAAAGAUCCUAUAAAACUCCAUGCAACAAUUUCUCAGAAACAGAACACAUUUUUCUGCUGAAAAGAAAGUUGCUUAGUGAUUUUGGUAAUUCAGAUAUGAGGCAGCCUUCAAUUCCUUUUGAAAGAAAUCGGGAUCUUAGUGUUUGUCACAAUUUGUAUAAUUCUCAGCAUGAGCAUUUGAGGCAGUCUGCAGCUAGACCUGCUGGAGGUGUUUCAGUUACUUCUGGUAACUCUGGAUCAGCCAUUUCGAGUAAAACACGAAUUCGAUGGACUCAAGAUCUUCAUGACUGCUUUGUUGAGUGUGUAAAUCACCUUGGUGGAGCAGAAAAGGCAACACCAAAGGCGAUACUGAAGCUAAUCGACUCAGAGCGGUUGACCAUCUUUCAUGUGAAAAGCCAUUUCCCUGUUUGGUAUCUUGAUAAAUAUCGAAUUGCAAAGUACAUGCCAGAUUCUGCAGAAGGAAAAUCUGAGAGGAAGAAUAACAUGAAUGAUGCAGCACAGAUUGAUAUUAAAGCUUGCUUGCAAAUCAGGGAGGCAUUACAACUACAACUAGAUGUCCAGAGAAGGCUUCACGAGCAGUUAGAGAUCCAGAGAAAUUUGCAGCUGAGGAUUGAAAAACAAGGGAAGCAGCUGAAGAUGAUGUUUGACCAGCAACAGAAAACAAGCAGCAGCCUCUUUGAGAUGCAUAAUUCAAAUAACACUUCCCCUGAUGAGCCAAUUGCUUAUGGUUCUGGAAAUACCCACUUCCCAUCCAAAAUAAGUUAGUUUCCAAAUGCUACAACCACAUUUUUAUGUUGCCUUUUCCACAUCCAUAUUCCAUACAAUCAAUCACAAUCACACAUAGUGUUCUAAGAAAGCUCAGCUCACCUCCUACAACAGGAUCAACAACUCCAGAAGCUACUCUUUGCAAUUUUUUGUACACAUAACAUUGUAGUGAUUCCUGCAGCUAUAUGAGGACAAGGGUGUCUUUGUAAUUUGGUUUGCAUAUAUCUCACAUGUCUUCUGUCUUUUGCCCCUUCCCUUGUAUGUUUUUCAAUAAAUGAGAAGAAGGAAACCUUCUUCUCAUUAUCAUGGUUUAAAUUUGUACAAGUACCUGUUGGGUUCAAUUUGACAUGGAAGUUUAUUGUAACUA